AUGGCUGUUUUCAUUUUCAAAUUGUUCAACCUUGUUCAGAUCUACCUGUUCCUUCCUUCUUUCCUUUCCACAUAUGUCACAACCAAUGCCCCCGCUAGCAUUUUAAUAGUUGCGGCGACAUUAAAUUCGGUGACGAUUGUUUGGCUCCCGGGUCUCGGUGAUAACGUGUACGGGUCACAUUCCGAGUGUCACAGAUGUACGCAAGAUGGUGCGUUGAUACAAUACGCAUCGAGUGCCCGGGCCCCGUCAGAUUCAAGAAAGAAACUCCAUUGGAACAAAGAAGAAGCUCUCGGUCCACCGGAUGCCGAACGCUGCAGAGCCAGUUCGUUGAGUUGGAUGCAGGAAACUUAUGAAUGCAUCAGCAAGUGCUAUAUCGAAUUUAUGUUCAAGUACAACACGGUCCCUCAACGCAUAAGCAUAUGGGUUGUGUGGAAAGCAGCCGUUGGAAUCAAGAACGUGAAGUUUUAUUUCAUUGAUGGAUCGAGCAAUUCCCUUGGGCCAAUCCGUGCUUUUUGCGAUAUGCCCUUCACAGCGAAUUUGAAUUUUACAAAAAAAGUCAAAAAGGUAAGGAUCUACCCGAACAACAACUAUGUUGGAAUUGAUGCCAUCCAACUGAUCUCAACCCCAGAAAGUGCCCGCAUAUGUAACAGCUGUCGACCAACGAAAUAUCGUGUGAUGCGCUCUCCAGAAUUUCAGCGUCCUGUCUAUACCAGCGACACAAUGUACACAGACAAGUCCGUAAUUCGUGGUGUCAAUUACAGCUACACCAUUGAAGUGAAUAUCGGGAACAAAGUAAGUGGACCCUCACCGGCCCUUCAUUACCAACAUGGACAACCAUUCUGUGGAAACGGGAGAGUGGAAACGCACCGAGGAGAACGAUGUGAUGAUGGCAAUAUCAAUGAUGGAGAUGGCUGUACAGCAAAUUGUGAAGUCGAGAAAUUUUAUCGAUGUAAAGGCACACCCAGUCUCUGUUACCGACCCGACGGCGAUGGGAUAUGUGAAGAGGACGAGCAGAACAUCAGCCUGAGGGACUGUGGCUAUCACACACCUGAAGGCUAUGAUGAUCAAUGGCCAAUUUCGGCCAUCGGAAACCCUCGCCACCAACUUACACCAAAAUGUUCCGAAAAGGUCCUGAUCGGCGAACCUAACCGGUUUCAGGUAUGCAAAAACAAUGUCGAAAUUUCAGACACAUGGCGUCCUUGCAACAUGAAUUAUUUUGAUGCGCAUGAUUAUUGGAUUAAGGUUUAUUAUGCACGACCUGUGAUUGCUGUGGGUGUGGUUAUUUACCUUGGCUCUGACGGACGCACCUACGACAGCCCUGAACCCAAGUCUCUUCUCGUACAGUUAAUUGACACAGAUGACACAGUCACGUAUGUCAAACACAAAUUAGUGGCCAGUUGUCAAUCAAAUCCCAUGUAUGUUUCAAUUCUACAUGAUCUCAGCCGGCCAUUCUUCCGAACUAAAGGUGUCAAAGUUUCGCUGUCUUCUUCAAACCUAGCAAUCGCCGGUAUUCGUUUACGCGCCUCACAACAUUUUGAUCCAAUAACGCCAGAAAGUUGCAGCCAAGAACAGUUUUAUAAUCCACGUUCGCAGCAAUGUGUCAACCAAACAUGUCCUCGAAAGUUUUGUGAUCAGCUCAUCACAGAAAAUGCCAAUACAACGUGCACAGGCCGGGGUGAAGGGGACAUCUGUCAAGUGACAUGUUUAGAUGGAUAUCGCAUCCGGAAUGAGAUUGACGAAGUGAUUUGUGCAGACGGUGUUUGGCGAAGGUCAAAGGAGGUUUCAUGUAUACCAGUCGAUUGCCGAUGGCCGGCCAUGUUCUCUUAUAUCUAUCUAUCUAUCUAUCUAUCUAUCUAUCUAUCUAUCUAUCUAUCUAUCUAUCUAUCAGGGACGAAAGACAAUGGCGAACAGCGUCAGUAA